UGGGUGUGUGGGGAGGAGGAGAUUCCCGAGAAGCCCAGCUCUCCACUGCUUGAGCUCACCCUUGAGUGUCCGCCAGGGCCCCCCAUCGCCCUCCCCCAUGGUCUCAUCCCCCAGAUUCCUACCCUUCCCCAUUCCUUGCUGUAACUGCCAGCUCCCUCCAUGACCCAGCUCUGCUCAUCCAGGCCCAAGGGCCCUGCUUAUUCUAUCCCAGGCCUUCCCAGGGGCCUGGGUGCUGGGGAAGGAUCGGGUAGCCCAGUGGGUCCAUGUGUGUCUCCUGGGGGCCCUAGCCCAGCCCAGCUCCUGGACAGUGUCCUAGGGCUGGGGGCACUGGGGCUGACAAUUUGGGCCGUCUUUUCCACAACUGGCCCAGCCUCACUGCUGCUGCUGCUGCUACUCGUCAGCUUCCUGGCCUUCGAUCUGCUCCACCGGCCUGCAGGUCCCACCUGGCCACAGCACACACAUCCACGUCUCACAGGGGGCCAGAGUCAGGGCGCCGGCGAGGGUCCGGGACAAGUGGAGGCUCUACUCCUGCCCACGGUGGGCACAGGACAACUCGCCCUCCAGGAGGCUCUGCUGAUGCUGCUCUUGGGCCUGGGGCUCCUCCUGGGAGCCCGUGGCAUGCCCUUGACCCUGCUAGCCCUGGCUUUCUGUCUCCAUCCUUGGGCUUGAGUGUCCUCCAGAAAUACACUGGCCAUGCUAUUUCCUCAGGCCUUCUUUCCUCC